AUGAAGAAGAAGUUCUUCCUAUGCCUUCGACCCAUGGUCAUAGAAGAAAAGGACACAAAACCGAGAUUUCUUGAUCGCUCUGACGAUGGAGUUUCAACAGUCAAAUCAUUGGUUUCAGACAAUGAAAGCCUUGAAGUUUCCUACCCUCGUCCAGAAAAAGGCUCUUCACCGCCAAACUUUUGCCGAGUUCUGAAAGCCAUUCUAUUCCAAGUUUCACUG